ACGCACCAUUCUACUCGGCAAGAGUCGAGGUCCAUGCUCGCUCCCUCAAGGAUACCAAACAUGGCUCGGUCCAUCUGAGUAUGAUCAACAACAUCCUCCGACCGCUUCAGGAGUCUGGAUCCAACGUGAUGCGCUUCGAAGUGCACUUCAACGUGCAGGGGAAGGGACUGGACGGGACGAUCAAGCGAGCAGCGCACAUCAUGCUCCUGGACAGUUUCGCUUUCAUUCGCCAUUUCAUCGCCAUCAAUCGCCAUCUCUUCGAGUAAAUCUCUCCUUUCUUUC